GCAGCAGGAGUAAACUUGAAACUGCAAGUGGUUUAACUCUUUGAGGAUGUGGAAGCCAGCCUCAUCUGCCAUUUUCCUGCAUGGACAAGCUGUUCCAGGGCAUCAUCCUUUAGUUUAGAUGAGUGGAUGUUGUUGACUGGGCUGAAUCUUUUUGGACGAAGCUGAUGUCAGAAGAGCCUAGAUCAUUGUCAAGAUUUGGGGCAGGAGGCUUUCCCUUGCGCAUUAUCAGAGAAGCGUGGACUAUUUUAGCCUGCCUGGAGCGGAUGAGCAGGAGAUACUGUGACCAUUUGCAGCACUUCUACUGGGAACAUCAUGGCCAUAGUGCAGACCCUACCAGUUUCCAUUGAGUCUGCCUCGGAAGGAGCUGCUCAGCUUCACAACAGUGCCUGCUCCUCCCCUGCAGCCAUGGGCAGUGUCAGCAGCCUCAUUUCAGGCCGGCCUUGCCACAAGGCCACAACUGAGUUCGGCCCUUUCCGUCUGCCGGGCGGGGCAGGUUCCCAAGAGCCCCUGUGCCACGGACUUCCCACCAAGAAGAAUAGCUACGCUUAUGCUAGAGAAGAAGACUGGGCUGAAGCUGUAUCUCCCAUCAGCCCCUGCAGUGAUACAGAGGAGCUGCAAGAUGACAAGCCCCGUGUUGGCACUAUCCGUGGGCCACCCCCCAAGUUGGUUCCUGUCUCGGGAAAACUUGAGAAGAACGUGGAGAAGACGUUAAUCCGCCCCACAGCCUUCAAACCCGUCAUGCCCAAGAAUCGUAACCCUCCACUGCAGGGGCACUUGGCACUGCGUCCAGGUACCUCUGUGCUUUCUGAAAGCCAAGCUAGUCUUGCCCAGCUUUUUGGCGGCACUCCUGCAGGCAACCCAGAGAAGCACAAUUCCAUGAGCUGCCGUACCAGUUCUCACUCGGGAACAAUGUCUGAUUCGGGGCGCAACUCCCUUUCCAGUCUACCCACGUACAGUACAGGUUGCAGCCAGCAGAUGGAGCCAGUCAGCAUCUCCAUGGGCCACAUCAACCUUGACAGCCAUGGCAGUAGCAGUUCCCGGGGCCUCACGGGCCCUUCCAACUCUGAUAGCGGGCGCUCGUCAUCGAGCAAGAGCACAGGCUCCCUGAGCGGCCGUGGGCACCAUUCCUCUGACAGUGGCUCCUGCGGUGGGCACUCACCUGUCCAUGGUGGCGGCGCUGAGGAAGCCUUGCUUGUUCACGAACUGGAGGAGAAGCUGCGGGAGCGAGAAGCUGAGCUGCAGCACCUGAGGGAGAGCUUGGAUGAGAACGAGGUGGCCAUUUGCCAGGUGUAUGAGGAGAAGCAGCGGCGCUGUGAGGAGGAGAUGGAAGGGCUGCGGCAGGGCUAUACGGCCAAGCUGCAGCAGUCAGCACAGAAGGCCCAGCGCAGCCAACAGGUGCUGCAACUCCAGAUCUUCCAGCUGCAACAGGAGAAGAAGAAACUACAGGAGGAUUUUGCACAGCUGCUGGCUGAGCGUGAGCUUCUGGAGAAGCGCUGUGCCUCCUUCGAGCGGGAGCACACGGAGUUGGGGCCCCGGCUGGAGGAGACCAAGUGGGAGGUGUGCCAGAAGUCCGGUGAGAUCUCGCUACUAAAACAGCAGCUGAAGGAGUCCCAGGCAGAGGUGGUUCAGCGGGGGAAUGAGCUGGUGCUGUUGAGGGCCCAGUUGAGGGAAGCCCGGGCUGAUCUGCAAGGUAGUGAAGAGCAGGCCCUGAGCUUGCAGGAAGUGGCUCGUACUAAGGCCUUGGAGCUAGAAGUGUGUGCCAAUGAGUUGGCCAGACGCAAGAGUGAAGCAGAGCUGCUGCGUGAGAAGGUGGGGCGCUUGGAGCGUGAGUUAGAAGGACUGCGUAGCACAAGUGAGGAUUUCUGCCCCCUCCUGGCUGAGUGCGAUGAGGCAAAAGCCCAGCGCCAGGCGGCCGAUACUCUGCAGGGCUUGCGGGCCCAGGCGGAAAGGCUGCGUGCGGAGCUUCUGUGUGAGCGGCGCCGUGGUGAAGAGCAGCGGGAGGCCUUCCAUGCUGAACGUAUCACCUGGCAGAGUGAGAAGGACAGAGUCAUCCGUUACCAGAAGCAGCUGCAGCACAAUUAUAUCCAAAUGUACCGGCACAAUCGUGACUUGGAGUGCCAGCUGCGCCACCUCAGCCUUGAACUCGAGGCCCGGGACAUAGAUGACUAUGAGAUGCAUGGUGGGGAAGGCAUCUGCUUUGAGGAGAUAGCAGCCACUGAGAUCUGAGCAUGUCCAAUGAAUGGGCCACACUGCCACUUAAAAGAUGCUGUGGGCACAGUGGCUGGUGCAUGCGCACUCAGGACUCCCUCUGACUUCAAGGGAUGCAAAUGGAGUGAGCCCUGGACCGGUGAUGAAGGGAGCCACCUACUGUAGAGCGCACUCAUGAAUCCCAGCGGGUAGCGCAUGCAUCUCCCAUUAAUAUGGCUGGGGACCCGGGAGGGGGGAGGAUUCCAGUGCCACCAGCUCAACAGAUUUCACUGCCAUUGAGAUUAGAUAAGGACCUGAAGUGGAGUUUGUUUCUUGGGGGGGUGUGUGUAAGAGCUACUGAGGAUUUCCACCAAUGCCUCCCAAACCUGCCUUAGAGGAAGGAGGAGCCAACCUCUCCUAAACCUUUAUUUGGAAAGUCUGCAGCAGCAACUGCUGCUUUGUUCUGCCAGAGCUUGGAAAAUUUCUUGUUUAGACUACAGCUUCCAGAGGUGCCCAGCCAGCCUAGCCAGUGGCUAUAUUGGCUGAGAGAUUGUGGGAAUUGUAGUCCCAAAAUGGAUUUUUUGUUUUCCUAAGCUCUGGCCUUUAGGAGAGCUUGUGUUAGUACUGUUUUCUGUCACUACCUUUGCAAAGUGACCUGAUUGGCUCUCGGCCACUAUUAGGUGGAAAUUAGGUUGAGCUGGCUACAUUUACAGCCAGUUAGCUGCUGAUCCACUUAGACAGUGGGAGGGCAUCAGCACCACCUGUUUAUAGGCUGUCUGGAGAAGCUUUAAAAAAAGAUUUGGGAUGCUCUUCUCUGACCUUUAUCAGAGUCCUGUGCCGUGUGUACUCUGCAUUAAGUAUAUCUUUUUAAAAUAACAUAUAUCUAGUCUAUGGUACCAAGAAAAACUAAAUUGUGGAAAAAAAAUAAAUGGGCAUAUGUUUGCUUACUUUGAAUAAUAUUACUGUUUCCCAUAGUCAGGCGCUUCCCUGCACUAUGCCUGACAGAAGAGAUGUUUGACCUUUGGCAUAGCCAUUUAUUUUUUGUGGCCAAGAAAGGGCAAGAUAUAAUAAUAUAUAGUAACAAGACCAAAAUUAAUUCUCAGGAUACGGCUAGUCCCCAAAUUCUGUGGUGUUUUUUCUUGUUGUUGUGCUUGUGUGGAAUUACAGAGUAUGUGCAGUCCUGGCUCAGUCUCACCUAAAAUGUUGUGAGGGGAUGGUAUGCUAAACCCUCUAAAGCAACUUUUUCCAAUCUAGUCUUACAGAAGUAAACCUGUCCAGGCAUCUGUGUUGACUGUAGGAUAUCAUUGUGAAGUAUUCUUAUUUUAAGGGCCCUACACAUCCUGCUGAAGAGGUUGUGUCCAGUGGCAACUGUUCGAUAGCAUCUCUGCAUACAUGGGGUGCUUGGGAUCUGGCCCCCCACUAAUUUCCAUGAUACCUCAGUGGUCAUUGUUAUAGGGUCUUCCCACACAUUCCCCUUAUUUUCCUAGAGUCUGGAGAAUCUUUGACCUUGGGAAACUGCCAGGACCUACCUAUUCAUUAAGGCAGGUGGUGGGAACCUUUGGCUCUCCAAAUGUUUUGGAUCACAAGGCCUGCAGUCCCUUACCAUUGGCCAGGCUGGUGGGGCUCAUAAGAGAGUUUAUGCUGAAACAUUCGGCAGUCCAAAGGUUACCCAAUCCUUGCUAUAGAGAUUGCUGAAUCAGUAGUAGGGGUCCGAGGGCCAGCCCCACCUCUGCCCCUACCCUGAGGAUGCCCUAUUACAAGAGGAUCUGGGAUGCACCUUCCUUACUUGCCUUGACCACUCCUGGUGGGGACCCUUCUGAAUUGAGAGUGCCUUUUCCUUGGCUUUAAUGCCUGGGUCUGAUGGUUUCUCCACCAGGAUGUGCUUUCUGGCCCAACGGUAUCCAUCUCCUACCGGUGACAUGGUGUAUCUCACUUCAGGUUUGCUUGCAGCACCCUCAGCCAUUGAUCUCCCCAUUGUAUUCCUUUCAGGCCUGUCUAGUGAAAGCCUCUGCCAAGUGGGGGUGUGGCCUUCCUUCUCCCAUAGUUUUUGUUCAUUAUCUCUAGGAAUCCUCAUUCUCCAGGCACUUUCCCCCCAUUCGCCCCAAUAAGUUCCUUGCCAGAUUAGAUUUAGUUUGAAACGUCAUGCUUUUGAAUAGCAUCUCCUUCUUUUCAAUCCAGCUUUAGAGGUCACCGUGCCUCACUGUAUACCUUUGUGUGUGUGUUAUUGGCUCAGAGAUAGUUUAACACCAGAGUCCUCUCAUCCCGUGCACUCGCCAUAACCCUACCUGCUUAAAAGCAGGCCAUUUCUGAGGAGGCUUUACGUCUCAUUUCAGAAGUGAGAAAAACCCAGGAGGUUCCUGGUUCAGUCCAAUGACUCAUCUCCUUCCCUCACCUUCAAGUGGCCAUUAAAGCGCUCUGCAGUUGGGCUCCUAUCCAGAAGGCUCCUCUCCAAAGGGCAGGAGAAUGGUGCUAAUCUUUGCCCUCCUCUCAGAGUUCAGCAGACAUGCUGACUGAGAACUGUAGUCCAAAAAGGUAAUUUUUCUGUUCUGCCUUCUCUCUUGCUGUGGGAAUGAUGAUGGCCUAUGGUGCCCAUUAGCUUCCUGAUGCAUGUCAGAGCUGAUGUAUCUCAAAUAAGAGCAUCCAUGCCAGUAUUCCUCUUUCUGCUGCACAGUCUGUGCCUAAGGAGAGAAAAGGUGAGCAAGCCAAAGGUCUUUCUAGUAGUAGUUUUCUGGAGAGCAGAAUAGCCAGCUCCAGAGAAACCUUAUUGGCUGGAUAACCAGCCAUCUCCCUUCAAAGGAGGAAAGCAUUAUCUUUUGAAGAGAUGUGGCCCUUCUGUUCAGCCUGCACAAUACAGCUGUUUUGCUACUACAUGAUUUGUCACAGCUCCGUCCUAUGGAAUCCUGAGAUUUGCAGCUUAUUGAGGUAUUUAGAAUUCUGAAAGCCCUUAUGCAUCUCUUCCAUCUCUAGCAGAAAUUUCUAAAUUGGCUCACCAAACUACAAAUCCCACAAUUUUAUAGGAUGGAGUCAUUAAGCAGUAUCAAACUGCUACAAUUCUAUUCUAUCUGGGCUUUAAAUGAGGAGAGUGCAUGCAUAUUCCUGUGGUUGCCAAAAGGCUAAGGGCAGAGUUGCCCUGAGUCACAAAUGGAUAAACUAUGGGGCUGCAGAAUUGAGUUUUUAAUCCAGCUAAUGCAAGAUAAACUUACUCACUCAGCAGUCUUAGCUUUGUUGUCCAUGCGAUCUUACUGUGCACCACCACCCAUUUCCCAAUGUAUAGUUACAACAUGAUGCACCCACUGUGCCACGAGGGUAGAUGCCCAUUCCCCCUGGCUGUGUAAGCUCAGAACAAGGAAACAUCUCAAGUUGUAGCCGAAGUCCAAUACACUCUGACAUCCUGUUUAGGCCACUCGGGGAAUGACUGCUCCGUUGCUAGAAUCGGCAUCACUUACCAGUCUCGACUAACCUUAGCAUCAGUUUCUCCUAUUUUUCAGCAUGCAAAAAAAGUUUGGAUUUGAUAUUCUGGUUCAAGAUGCAUUCCAACUGUCUAGCUGGCAGCAGGGAGUUUAUCGUUUCCAUUCUCACUUUUGAGAUUCUGUGUCCCAAGAAAAGAAGGAUUGUCCACCCACCUGUAAUCAUUCUUAGUUGCCAUACUGCUCCUGGCUGUGGGAGUGGAUGGGAUGGGUGGGAUGAGGGACAUACAUCACUAAACCAAAGGAAAGCUUGGUGCAUGUCAUUUUCUUGACUGUUGCUAACCAGCCCCUCUUUCUUUACCUUUCUCUCCCUUAGCACUGCUUUGUGUUUUUAUUUUAUUUUCUUUUUUACUUUUAUUUCUGAAAUGAUAUAUUUUCCAAGCUGUGUAAAUUUCUUGUACAGACUAAAAGAAAAGUGUGAAUAAAAAAAACAUGAAGACA